AUGCACUGGGCAGUCUUUUAUGUGAUGUUGGAUGAAACAGAGUUACUGUGUAUAGUGAAUGUUUACCAUACAUUAAUUAUUCCAGCAUCUUCGGUAAUUCAACUUUCACCCCAAAGGGUGAAUGGGCCGUUCCCGGAGGUAGGUGCAAUACCGGGUCGACCCGCGGAUGAGCUGGGUAGACGAGACAAACGGCGUUCUAAGGUUGUACCGGCUGAAUCGGACAACCAACCGAAAUGUGCGUCCGAGAAACCGACACCUCAUGCAGCCGAUGCUUCUCCUAUCCGCAUCAGCACCUACCGCACUGCAAUCGUGCCCUUGCACUGCGAAUCCAAUUUCGCAAGGAUUUUGCAGUGGUUCAGUGGACGAAAGAGGCGAAUAGAGAAAAGUAUUCUCAGUUGCGAUACGGUUGAAUGUGAUAGCGGAGUUCCAUUCGAGGGGGCUUGCUCCUCACCUACCGCGGGUCGACCCGGUAUUGCACCUACCUCCGGGAACGGCCCAUUCACCCUUUGGGGUGAAAGUUGA